CUGGUGACAAAGGGGCGGUGGAGCCCGGGCCGUCGGGGCCUUCCUCUCGCGUCAGGUAGAUGAGCGAGGCCGCCGAGGGGCUCUGGGAAGUGUCGGACUCGGUUCCCGCCUUCCGUUCCCGGCUGAACGCCUGCAAAAUUGUUGAUAUUGUUGUUGGAAAAGAUGAGAAAGGCAGAAAGAUUCCAGAAUAUCUGAUCCAUUUUAAUGGUUGGAACAGAAGCUGGGAUAGAUGGGCAGCUGAAGAUCAUGUUCUUCGUGAUACAGACGAAAACCGCAGAUUACAGCGUAAAUUGGCACGGAAGGCUGUGGCUCGCAUGAGAAGAAAGGGAAGAAAGAAGAGACGUUGCAGGUUGCCUGGUGUUGACUCUGUAUUAAAAAGCCUUCCUGCCGAAGAAAAUGAUGAGAGCAGUGAAAACUCUAUAAGUAGUUCUUCUUCUGAUGACAGUGAUGAAGGAACAGAUGAAGAAAUAAAAAGUGAAGAAAGUGACAUAGAAGAGAGGACAGAAAUGAAAGAAGAACAAGACACUCACACAAAAAGGGACAUGGAAGAAAGAGCAAUAAGCAUAGAAAUUCCUGAAGUCUUGAAAAAGAAGCUUGAGGAAGACUGUUACUAUAUUAAUAGAAGAAAACGGCUAGUGAAGCUUCCUUGUCAGACAAAUAUAAUAACCAUCCUGGAGUCAUAUGUGAAACAUUUUGCAAUUAAUGCUGCUUUUUCAGCCAAUGAAAGAUCUCGGCACCAUCAGAUGACUCCACACGCUAAUAUGAAUCUUCAUUAUGUGCCACCAGAGAAGAAUGUUGAGCUAUGUAAAGAGAUGGUAGAUGGGCUGAGAAUAACCUUUGACUUCACACUUCCAUUAAUUUUGCUCUAUCCUUAUGAACAAGCUCAAUUUAAGAAGGUGACUUCAUCAAAAUUCUUUCUUCCCAUCAAAGAAAACUCAACAAAUACUAACAGAAAUCAGGAGGAGCUUUCCCCAAGUCCUCCUCUGUUGAAUCCACCAACGCCUCAGUCAACUGACAGCCAGCCUACAACAGGGGAGCCAGCCACGCCAAAAAGACGAAAAGCUGAACCGGAAAUUCUGCAGUCGCUGAGACGUUCUACGCGCCAUAGCUCUAACUGUGACAGGUUAUCGGAAAGCAGUGCUUCCCCGCAACCUAAACGACGGCAUCUUGAGACCCCAGCUUCUAUGCCAAAGCUCUUCUUGCACCUGGAAAAAAAAACCCCUGUCCAUAGUGGAUCAUCUUCACCUAUAACUUUGACUCCUAGCAAAGAGGGGAGUGCAGUUUUUACUGGCUUUGAAGGGAGAAGAAACAAUGAAUUGAAUGAGGUUUUGUCCUGGAAAUUGAUGCCAGAGAAUUAUCCACCAAGUGAUCAGCCACCACCUCCCUCAUAUAUCUAUGGAUCUCAACAUUUGCUACGGAUGUUUGUAAAGCUACCAGAAAUACUGGGGAAGAUGUGCUUUCCUGACAAAAACCUAAAGGCUUUAGUAAAACACUUCGAAAUGUUUCUGAGGUUUUUAGCGGAAUACCAUGAUGAUUUCUUCCCAGAAUCUGCUUAUGUAGCUGCAUGUGAAGCCUACUACAGUACUAAAAAUCCUCGGGCAAUCUACUGAAGCUCUUAAUAAAGACUAAAUCCUACUAUAUGUAGCCCAUGACAAUGCUAUUUUGCCACGUGGCUACAAGAUGAAUAUGAAAAAGGAAUUAAAGCAACUUCUGGAGUUGAAAAAAUAGGGAAAUAUCUUCUGCGAUGGUUGGAUUACUUAGAAAUGGAGAACUUUUCAGAUACAUGUAUAGACUGCAUUGUGAGUUACUUAGAGGAUUGAAUAUAACUCUGACUCCAGAUGAAUGAAGAAGCCUUGUUCUGACUUUAAUGCAUAGGACUGCAUAGGACAAUUAAAGAGGAAAGGAGGCAAAAGCAGAUGCAUUAGCAACAGGACAUUUUCAUGAAGAUAGAUCAUCAUGCUGUGUUUCAUUUUAGCUCAACCUCUCCAGCCUGAGAAAUAAGACUUGACUACACAGUUACAUGAAGAAAAUGUAUAACUGGUAUCUUAUGGAUUUUUUUCCUCACAAAUUGCACUUCAUUUUGUGGAACUGUCACGAUAGAAAAGAUUGCUUAAUGUAAAGAUGGUUUUGCUGUUUGGCUAGCAUGACAUCUGCCUCAAGAAGGACUUUGUUGCUUGAAUGAAAGAUGUGUUGCUUACUUUGCAUUUUGCAAAGGUGUAUAUAGCUCUUUUCAUGGUAAGGCUGCCAGAGUUCCAAGGAGAGCGUACAUUGCCAGUGAUUCAACAUUUACAUGGCAGUAAAUUAUUUCCAGAGCCAUUAUGAAAGAACUGAUUUUCUACAAGUAAGCGGAGAAGUCAAUAAAGUGAUGGCAGUUUAACUGGCAAACACUUCUUAAUAAAGUUCACAGUGGCUGCUGUAUAAAUGUGUGAUUUUGACUGUCUAAAAUGUCUUGUUUGUGCUUGAUUAGUAUUUCUGAGAUUGCUAAAUGUGCAUAUAAUGAGAGGUGGGAGCACUGACAACAUAGGGAGAGAAGCCCUUUCAGUAUCAUUGGGUUUUCUUCUACAAACUUGAAGAAUGUCUGUUUAGACAGUUUUAAAUGCUUUAGCUCUGGAAAUAGGAAUUCAGUGAGAAUGGAGUUCCUAGAAAUCUGACAACACACUCAGUAAUUGAAAUAGAAUUCUUGUCUUGAUUGUCAUCAGAACCUUGUCUAUGACUUAGAACUCUGGCCUUCAGAAUCCUCUGCUAUGUCAAGACAGACACAGAUUUUUAAAAGCACUGGGAGAAAAAUAGGACUCAAGGCUCACAGACUACUGCGUUAAUCACUCUCUAAUCCUUCCUAGUUCAGAAGACUUCCAUUAGAACACUUGCCUGUAAUGCAAAACUCAACACAUUCCUCCCAGAUCUGCAGAAACCUGUAGUUAGCAGGAAUCAUCUUUCAAAUGUAAAUGGCAAGUUUAGUCGAAGAGGUCAAAGGAAAUCUGAAAUGUACUGUUGGCAUUCAUUGUCACUUUUCAGAGUGUGCUGGUGUGUUAAAGCUUUUGAACUGAAAAGGUGAGGGUUACCUUGCUUUUAGCAAUUCAGGUUCUGCUUUUUAGAAAAGCUGCUGUAAAGAGUCUGUUAAACUUCAUGGUUGUUAAUCUAGUUAACGUUUGGCAUGGAUGCAUGCAGAUUUGGUGAUCGUUAUUUCUGAAGAUUACCUUUCAGUAGUACUACUCUUUUUAA